CACUCUGGACCAUACAAACGUUCCAACAUAUUGCAACAAGAUUGCCGAACGUAUGCAACAAUGUUGCAAUGUGUUGCGUGCGUUUGACUGAGCCUUAAGAACAAAAAUAUAUACGUUUUUACCUCUAAAAGUAUGUGACUAAUCGAAACAAUGUCUCUUCUUUCAGGUAGUUUUGCUUAUGUUGAUAAGUCGUACAAAGCACGUUUGGAAAGCCCUUUGUUGCCAUGGAAACCAUUCCAUCAAUCUGUGGGCGUGUGUUUGCGGUUUAGUUACCUCAUGCCCACUAAAUCAAAAUCAAAUUUAAAGGUUUUCCUCAGAGACACGAAACGAGAAAUAUCGGUACUAGUGUGGCAGAUGGUUGGGUACCACGGUAAAGAAUGGUCAGAUGCUCAAGUGGCUUGGCCAGGCGCUGUAGGAAUUAAGAUAAUCUUUGAGGGAGAAGGUUUUCUUGAUGACGAGAUGAAUGUAGCAAUCGAUAACGUCACUGUCACGACUGAGAACUGUUCCUUAAGACCUUACUUUGCUGAACCAGGUACUGACUCGUUACUUCUUUCUCUUGUCUUUGAUAAGCUUUCGUGAGUGACUGUACAAAGACUCAGAAAUGAAUCUCAACUGUAGCGUGGUCAGAUGCUACUGAUGAAUGUAAACAGACAUAGACACGGACACG